AUUGCAAGGGAAGAAUUUAGUCGUGUUUUUGGUAUAUCGUCGAUAGGAUCCGAACGUGAAAUCGUUGAGGCAUUCAACAAUCUAAGGAGGGGAGGCAAGGACGAGUGCGAAUUGCGAGUCCCGAGCAACGAGGUUUUCACACUUGUGCUAAAUGAGUCUGUCUCAAUAAAGUUGGUUCCCCGUCUCUUUCGCGUAGACAAGUGUUGUGUGCGAGAAUACUCGCAAGGAUUGCGAGCGCGCCGCAAGGACUGCAAAGGCUGAGUGGCGUGGUGGAAUGGAAGGUAUCAGGAGAUGAUUGCAGGAGUAGUUUUGGGCGGUUUUGGUGCUACUUUUCAACCACCUUGUCUAGUGGUUUUCUACUUGUAAGGAUACAAGGAUUCGUAGAGAGUAUUAAACAGGAAAACUUUUUGAGUAGUUGAGGAGAAUGAGUGAUAGCGACGGCGGUGAUAAUCUACUAACCAGACAAACGUAAGGAAACAUAAGGAAGAGAGUGCAUUCUGAGGAGUUGUUUUGCAACGGAAACACAAUCAUCUGCAUUUGUGAAAGUGGUGUUUUUUCUAAAAGUUCGCAUUAUGCAUGCACCGUAGUGUGGUGUCGGAUUGACUGCUACGUUUUGGAUAUGCUGAAAGUAAUGCCACUCAACAAAUAUCAUUCUGCGUAGCAGGAGCUCAGUGGGGUUGUGAUUAUUUGAUAUUACCAUCGUCCAGUUGAUAUCUAUUCCGGUGACUUGGUUUCUGCGAAAUAUUCGUUCAUAAAAUUUAAACAUGCUGAAGUAAUUGAAAUUGAAUAAAUCAGUUCGUCCUGGCUUAUUUUGUGGGCUGUCAGUGAAAUUCAAGUGUGGGUUAAGUGCUGAAGAAAAGGGAAUAGAAAAUGAAGUGAUUUUUUGCUGUUUUGCGGCUAAUGUGGUGCUGUUGUUUUAUUGAAAUGACGGUUUGUGUAUUUUGUGAAAGGUGUCAGUGAAGGGGGUUGCCAAAAUUGGUAGUUUAACUCUGUCAUUCGCGAGCCAAGGAAAGGCUUGUCAUACAGUUUUUGUGGAUUACUAGAGGAUAUAUCAAAUCAGGAUUAAUGAAUGUCAAAAAGGGUCCCCCGCCGCAGGGCCCAAUAAAAUUUACCAUAGUCGACACAUUAGAACGAAUAAAAGAGGAAUUUAAUUUUUUACAAGCACAGUAUCACACAUUAAAAUUAGAAUGCGAGAAGCUAGCAAAUGAGAAAACCGAAAUGCAAAGGCAUUAUGUUAUGUAUUAUGAAAUGUCGUAUGGCCUUAACGUUGAAAUGCACAAACAGACAGAAAUAGCCAAACGAUUGAAUGCACUUAUCAAUCAGUUGUUGCCAUUUCUUGCAGCUGAGCACCAACAGCAAGUGCUGCAGGCUGUUGAUCGGGCCAAGCAGGUGACAAUGCAAGAAUUAAAUGCUAUCAUUGGGCAACAUCAACAACAGGGAAUCCAGCAACUUAUACAACAAAUUCAUGCACAGCAAAUCCCCGGUGCUCCACCACAGCCAAUUCCAACAUUAGGAGCUCUUGCUGGACCACUAAGCGCCUUUGGAGGACCAAUGGGUUUACCGCAUGGACCACAAGGACUUUUGAAGGCGCCACAAGAUUUGCAUCGUGAGGAACUGAAGGUACCUUUGGGUGGACCAUCUGCAGAAGAGAGAUUGAGAAAUUCAGUAUCUCCAGCGGAACGAGAAAAAUAUCGAACACGCUCACCUUUAGAAAUUGAAAAUGAUACUAAGCGAAGAAAAGAAGAGAAGUUAACGCACGAAAGUGAUGGCGAGAAAAGCGAUCAGGAUUUAGUCGUAGAUGUUGCUAAUGAAAUGGAAUCUCCAUCACCUCGCCCAAACGGUGAUCAUGUUUCUUUGGAAUCCCGUGACCGAGACAGCAUCGGAUUGAAUGGUGAUCGAUCUGAUAAACCUGGAGGAAGUAACUCAAAACCUUCGAGUGAAAGACCACCAUCCCGAUCCGGUUCGAGCUCAUCUCGUUCCACGCCAAGCCUUAAAACAAAAGAUCUUGAUAAACCAGGAACACCUGGAGCUAAAGCGCGAACGCCUACACCGAAUGCCUCAGUACCUGGCAACCCGAAACCGGUUGCACCCCAGCCACCGCCGGCUGGUUAUCCAAAUUCACCAUAUCAAAGGCCACAAGAUCCCUAUCAAAGACCGCCACCUGAUCCUGCGUACGGCCGACCACCAAUGCCUUAUGAUCCUCAUCCAAAUAUGCGAACAAAUGGUAUUCCGCUAUCGGGAGUAGCGGCUGGAAAACCUGCUUACUCCUUUCAUAUGAAUGGUGAAGGAACUCUACAACCGGUCCCAUUUCCACAUGAUGCGCUUUUAGGACCAGGAAUUCCCCGGCAUGCCCGGCCACUCAGCACUCUAGCUCAUGGAGAAGUGGUAUGCGCAGUCACAAUAUCGAAUCCCACGAAGUACGUGUACACUGGAGGUAAAGGCUGCGUUAAAGUUUGGGAUAUAUCCCAGCCAGCAAAUAAAAACUUCGUAAAUCAGCUUGAUUGUUUGCAACGUGAUAAUUACAUUCGUUCAGUAAAAUUACUGCCGGAUGGUCGAACCCUAAUAGUUGGUGGCGAAGCCUCUAAUCUGUCAAUUUGGGACUUGGCGAGUCCUACGCCCCGUAUCAAAGCAGAAUUAACAUCUGCUGCGCCAGCUUGCUACGCACUCGCCAUUAGUCCCGACUCAAAAGUAUGUUUUUCGUGCUGCAGCGAUGGAAACAUUGCAGUUUGGGAUCUUCACAAUCAAACAUUGGUUCGACAAUUUCAAGGACACACCGAUGGCGCAUCCUGUAUCGAUAUUAGCCCUGACGGCUGCCGAUUAUGGACGGGCGGAUUAGAUAAUACGGUUCGUUCUUGGGAUUUAAGGGAAGGACGUCAACUACAACAACAUGAUUUUAGUUCACAAAUUUUCUCGCUUGGAUAUUGCCCUACAGGCGAGUGGUUAGCGGUUGGUAUGGAAAACUCUCAUGUGGAGGUUUUACAUACAACCAAGUCUGAUAAAUACCAACUCCAUUUACAUGAGAGCUGUGUGCUGUCGUUAAAGUUCGCUACAUGUGGAAAAUGGUUUGUUUCUACUGGAAAGGAUAAUUUACUGAACGCAUGGCGGACACCGUACGGUGCUAGUAUAUUCCAGUCAAAGGAAACAUCUUCGGUGCUUAGUUGUGACAUAUCAACAGAUGAUAAAUACAUUGUAACGGGAUCAGGUGAUAAAAAGGCAACAGUCUAUGAAGUGAUGCAUUAAUAAAAUGCAUAAAAUCGAGAAAGAUGGGGAUGAUACAGUGAGAUCAGAUUGCUCGGCAUUUGUACAUUUCGAUGAUUAAGCAUCAAUGCCAAGUAUAAGUAAACGGGAAAUGGUAAUAUAGAAAAUAUACAGAUCGAGAACAAAAAACUAACUACACAAAAAGGACUAAUUUUAGCAUUUAAGUUGGAAUUGAACAAUUUCCACGGAUAAUUAUUCUGCUCAAAUUCGUUUAGAUUUCUAAGUUCUGUUAGUUCCUGUGCAUUUGUUGUGCAUCUUUAUUUUAUUUUCUGACUAACAGCUGGAUUUAUAGUGAAUGGCUUAGAGACAUUUUUUCUCUAGGUAAAUUAUUUUUUUAUUUAGAUAAUGACAAAAGUACCAUUUAAUGCUUAAUUUAUGUGAAGAAACGGCGGCUUGAUUUUCGAUCAUGUAAGUGUAAACCAAUAAACCUUUUAUUCAACAUUC